AGUAAAAUAUACAAAAUUUCUGCAAUAAAUGCGUGUGUUGAAGUUUAAAAACUUUCCAAACUGUCUAAUUGCUAAAGUGUUGUGAAAAUUACGCCGAAUAAGACUGAAAACGAGCAAGUGUUUGUGCAAUAAACGCAGCAGCGCUAAUAAAGCCAAUACAAAAAAUUAUAUGUAUGUAUGUGCAUACAUAAGUUGUCCGAGACGGACGCACCAAAACAGAUGAGAUUCACGCAAAAACAACAACAAAAACAGCAGCAGCACCACCAAUAGAAAAUAUUCAAUGAAUUUGUGUGUGCAAGCGCAUGCAUACAUAUAUAAAAAAAACUUAGAUAAAAGUAAAAUGAAAUUAGCGCACGCCUGAGUUUCAAGUUUGGUGUAAGGUGAACAAAAAGGCAACGCAAAAGUUAAAAAACAAAUAGAUUUGAAUUUUCUCUUUGUGUGUGCGCUUUUCCUGUACGCCGCAGUGCUCUAAAAACCACCUGCAUUGAUUUGUAGUAAAAAACGGGACGGUAUAGUUGCUAAGGAUAUACAUAUAUGCAUACAUAUGUAUGUAUGCCCGUAUGUAUGUGGCAGCGUAGCCAUAAAGGCUGAUUGACUGAUAAACUAAGUCUCAAGCCGCCAAUCCAGAUCUUGACACAUACGUAAAAAAAAGGGCAGGUAAACAAUUCAGGGUAGUUUGGCCUGCCGCUUAGAGAAGGGAAGACCCGACAGACCGUAUAGAAACUACAACUCCAGAGAUUGGCAGAGGUGGAGGUGCAAGACGGCUUAGGGUUGCUGCAGCCGCAUUGUCCAACAGCAACAACACAAAGGAAGAAGCAGCACAAUAACAGCAACUCCAAUGUCCAAUAAAAUAAAUCCGAAACGCCGUGAACCGACAGCAGCACCGACGGCAGUCGCCACCAAUACGAGCAGCUCGACCGGCUCCAGCGCCGGCAACACAUCGUCGGCCAACACAUCCUCCUCGUCCAGCUCCUCGCUGUCGUCCGCCGGUGGCGGUGAUGCGGGCAUGUCCGCCGACCUGACCUCUCUUUUCGAAUGCCCCGUGUGCUUCGACUAUGUGCUGCCGCCGAUCCUCCAAUGCUCGAGUGGCCAUUUGGUCUGUGUAUCGUGCCGCUCGAAGCUCACCUGCUGCCCCACAUGUCGCGGACCAUUGGCAAAUAUACGCAAUCUGGCCAUGGAGAAGGUGGCCUCCAAUGUGAAGUUUCCGUGCAAGCAUUCGGGCUAUGGAUGCACCGCCUCGCUGGUCUACACGGAGAAAACGGAGCAUGAGGAGACAUGCGAGUGUCGUCCAUAUUUGUGCCCCUGUCCAGGCGCCUCCUGCAAAUGGCAAGGACCGCUCGACCUAGUCAUGCAGCACUUGAUGAUGUCACACAAGAGCAUCACAACGUUGCAGGGCGAAGAUAUUGUCUUUCUGGCCACCGACAUCAAUCUGCCCGGCGCUGUCGAUUGGGUUAUGAUGCAAUCCUGUUUUGGUCAUCAUUUUAUGCUGGUGCUCGAGAAGCAGGAAAAAUACGAUGGGCAUCAGCAAUUCUUUGCUAUAGUUCAAUUGAUUGGCUCUCGAAAGGAGGCCGAGAAUUUCGUGUAUCGCCUGGAGCUGAAUGGCAACCGCCGUCGUCUCACCUGGGAGGCAAUGCCACGUUCCAUACAUGAGGGUGUUGCCUCAGCCAUACACAAUUCGGAUUGUCUGGUGUUCGACACAUCGAUUGCCCAGCUAUUUGCCGACAAUGGGAAUCUGGGGAUCAAUGUGACCAUAUCGCUGGUCUAGGUCAAUCGGUUUGGUCCGGUCUAUUAAUUCUCUCAUGUUUCAUGUUUGUAAUUUUGCAUCGCGCCUACAAUUUUGGAAUGCGACGCCCACACACUCACACAUGAGUUAAGCAUAAUUUUUUUUGGUCUAAGAAUGUAGAAGCGUGCAUCGUUUUUAAAACGUCUGCGUAAACAUUGAAUAAACACCCGUAUAUACAUACAUAUAUACACACACACAUGUGUCAACUGGAUGGUGUUGAGUGUGUAUGUGUACAUGUGUGUGUAUAUGUCUUGCCGUAAAUCGGUGUUCUAUAUAAGCAAAGGUCGCAUAGUCCUAGAGUUUUGAUUUUCGAUAUUUUUGAAGCAUAGGUUUUGUUUUUUUAGACUCUGUGGAUACGAUGAGAUGAGGAUUCGGUUUUAAUUUAGUUCUAAGCUGUCUGCGGGGGCCACACUUGGGGACGAGCCAAGCCAAGCCCACCACAAACAAACAAACAAACAAACAAACAAACAAACACACACCCUUACAUACAUACAAGAAAGCUUAGUUUAGUUAAUGUAAAUUAUUUGAUACAAUAUUUGUAAAUGGCUAAUAAGUAAACAAUAAUAAUGAUAACAAUAAUAAUAACAACAACUCAACCACAACACACUUAAUGCAAUUACAAAUAACAUAUAUACAUAUGUAACAAUAUCUCGAGAAUUGUAAAUUAAUCACAAAUUUGAAAUUUGUAACUAUAUAAAAAAAACGAGUGAAAAGACAACAGCAACUAAAAUUUAAAUAUGCACAUCAACGCUGAGAAUUCUGUUCAAAAGCCAAAAAGAAAAGAUAAAAGAUACCGUUCGUAGAUUGUACAUUUGAUUGAUAACGGAUCAAAUAGUGUGCAACCAAAAAUCAUGUUUUAGCCUAAUUUUUAGUUUAGUCGAUCUCCAUAAUACUUCAAAUCAUUUGAUUCAUCUACAAUGUGUGUUUCUAUUUAUGCAAUGAAAAGGAAAUAGUGCAGGCCUCGCAUAAAUCCUUCCUUUAAGAA